AUGGACUCAACAUAUAUGGCACCCACUUCGGUGCAAGGCCCAUUCGCAUACUACCACGACUCACAGAGACAAGGUCACUACCAGUCAGACCUCCCAUACUACAACCAAAUGCAGUAUGAGCAACCACUCUACUCCCCUCAGCCCAUGAUGAACAUGCACCAGAUGGCCACCACCAAUGCCUUCCGGGGAGCUACCAUGAGCUUGACGCCAAUUGCCUCGCCCCAGCCCUCGCAAAUGAAGCCCACCAUCAUUGUGCAACAAGGCUCUCCUUCGUUGAUGCCUUUGGAUACUCGCUUUAUCGGUCACGAUCUGUACUCCUUCCCAUCCACUCCUCCGCUGUCCGCCUCGGGAAGUACCAUCAGCAGCCCCCCAUCUGCCCAUGGCGCGCUACCAACCCCGAUUCAUGACACGUUCUUCACCUUUGACAAGGUCGAGGGAGUCAAGGAGGGAUGCGAGACCGAUGUUCACCAGGAAAUCCUAGCCACACCCGAGUGGGCGCGCUCUGACUCGCCUCCGAUGACGCCUGUCUUCAUUCACCCACCUUCUCUAACUCACAUCCAUUCUUCCGACCUUUUCCAGUCUUUCUGUGACCCCCGCCAGCUCACCGUUGAGCCGUGUGUCAAUGUUCACGCACAGGAUCUUCCUCCUUUACCGAAUCUCUCAUGUGAGGAGGAGGAACCUCGCGCCGUCGUUGGCAGUGCGUCUGUGACGCUCCCAGUCAACGAGAACCCGUCUCCUUCUUUCAGCUCCUCGACUCAGGACCCGCUGAGCUCGCUGCCCACUUUUGACAGCUUCUCUGAUCUUGAUUCUGAUGACGAGCUCAAUCGUCUGGUGGAAUUCCAUCCUGCCGCCAAUGCCAUCUACAUGGGUGACAAGCGCCAGCGUAUGCACGCCUACCCCGUAGAGGAUGAUGGAUUCCUGAGCGAGCACAGCCUCGAAGACUCGGAUGACUCCGAGACUUUCAUGCCCAAUAACGGUUUGCCCUCAUUCGAGUGGACCCAGACGGCUCAGCCGCAGAUCGAAAGCGAGGAGGAACCCAUCGAGGAGCCCAAGACCAAGAAGCGUAGCAACCGCAAGUCCCGAAAGAUCACCGCCGACGAAGAGGCCGAAGCAAAGGCGCUGGCCGCCUGUGAGUCCUCUGGCGACUGCUGCUCUGACGAUGGAUCGGUGGAUGACUCAGAAUCUGCGCCCAUCUCGGUCAACCGUCGGGGUCGCAAGCAGUCUUUGACUGAGGAUCCUUCCAAGACUUUCGUUUGCACUCUGUGCUCCCGUCGCUUCCGUCGUCAGGAACACUUGAAGCGCCAUUACCGCUCUCUUCACACUCAGGACAAGCCUUUCGAGUGCAACGAGUGUGGCAAGAAGUUCUCCCGCAGUGACAACCUCGCUCAGCACGCCCGCACCCACGGUGGUGGCUCCAUUGUCAUGGGCAUCCUGGACGCAAGUGAUGCUGGUUCUGUAUCAUUUGAUGAUCAACAUGAUGCUGGUGCCCUUGGCCAAGUCAUGUACGAGGCUGCCCGGUCGACGGAAAUCACCAGUGCCCCCUCUGUGGAUCGCCGAACAGCGAAGAAGCGCAAGCGUGACUUGUCCUAA